GUGCUGUGUUCCGCGGACACAGCGGAUCACGGAAAGAGCCAAAGAUGUCGGCUCGGUCAUGUGAUCAGCUGUGGCACUGAUGAUCAGUGUGCCCUUAUGAUCAGUGUGGCCCCAGAAGUGCCACCUGUCAGUGUCCAUCAGUGCCAGCAGUCAGCGCUCAUCAGUGUCACGUGCCAGUGCCACAUCAAUGCCACAUAUCAGUGCCUACCAGUGCACAUCCAUGCCACAUAUCAGUGCCCAUCUGAGCUGCCUUUCAAUGUCACCCAUCAGUGCCAGUCAGUGCCACCAAUCAGUGCUGCCUGUCAGUGCCAGUCAGUGUCGCCUAUCAGUGUGCAUCAG